AUGGAGCUACACAAGAUUAUCCACGGCAGCAUCGUCAACCGCGCUCCCCAUGGCCCAUUUUCGUGCCGCUGUCCAGCAUUGCAGGUGUUUCCAUCCAUCUCUGAGGAUUUCCAAUGUGGAGCUGAGCCUAUGGAGAAGCCAUCUUCAGACAGAGGUGCCCUGGAUGAGCGGGAAGGCUUAGUGGAGGAUGGUGUCAGGUUGCGAAGUGCUGAAGGCGAAAUGGCGCUUCCGGAUGCUGAUGCCCCGAGGAGGAGCAGCUCGUCUCGUUCCUCACGCAAGAGCUUCCGGCUAGACUACCGCCUGGAGGAAGAAGUGACCAGGUCCUGUCGAGACAAACAUGGCCGCUUUACCAACCCGUGGCCCACGUGGCAGUUCCCAUCCUACUCUAUGCUACUCCGCUUCUUUUUGCUGGAGAAGAACAACAGCAACGUCCCGACUUGUAAAGAGGUGCUUGACAGCGAGCUGCCAGUGCUCGAGCCGUACUUUGUUAACAACCCGGAUCUCUCCCCCUCCGGUCCGGGUCUAAGAGUCACCUGGCUUGGGCACGCCACGGUUCUGGUAGAAAUGGACGGGUUGAACAUUCUGACCGAUCCUAUUUUCAGCCAGAGGGCGUCACCGGUUCAGUUCAUGGGUCCGAAACGUUACCGAGGACCUCCUUGUAGUGUGCAACAGUUACCCCGGAUUGACGCCGUAGUCAUCAGUCAUUCCCACUACGAUCACCUGGAUGCCGGUACAGUGGCAAGCCUCAACGCACGCUUCGGAGCGGAGUUACGCUGGUUCGUGCCCCUGGGCUUGAUGGACUGGCUGGCUAAGGCGGGCUGCGAGAACGUGAUGGAGCUGGACUGGUGGGAGGAGAACUGCGUGCCCACUCACGACGACGUCACCUUCGUGUGCACGCCGUCGCAGCACUGGAGUAAACGCAGCGCAGUUGACGACAACAAAUCUUUGUGGGCCAGCUGGACAGUUCUAGGUCCAGACCACCGUUUCUUCUUUGCUGGAGACACCGGAUACUGCUCGGUGUUCAAGGAAAUAGGGCGACGCUUCGGGCCUUUUGACUUAGCGGCCAUUCCUAUCGGCGCCUACCUUCCCAGGGAUGUGAUGAAAGGGCAGCACGUGGACCCAGAGGAGGCGGUUCAGAUUCACAUGGACCUUCAGGCUAAACGCUCGCUGGCUAUCCAUUGGGGAACUUUUGCACUGGCUUAUGAGCACUAUCUUGAACCACCGCGCCGUCUCAAGGAAGCUUUGGAGCAGAAGGGCCUGAAAGCGGAAUCCUUCUUCACGCUGCAUCACGGGGAGUCACGCCUCCUGACGUCACACGGUGCAGAUGUCUUCCAUUAA